AUGGUCCAGCUGGGGAAGCUGCUCCGCGCCCUGACUUUGAUGAAGUUCCCCUGCUGCGUGCUGGAGGUGCUCCUGUGCGCGCUGGCGGCGGCGGCGCGCGGCCAGGAGAUGUACGCCCCGCACUCCAUUCGGAUCGAGGGGGACGUCACCCUCGGGGGGCUGUUCCCGGUGCACGCGAAGGGUUCCAGCGGAGUGCCCUGCGGCGACAUCAAGAGGGAGAACGGGAUCCACAGGCUGGAAGCCAUGCUCUACGCCCUGGACCAGAUCAACAGCGAUCCCAACCUGCUGCCCAACGUGACGCUGGGAGCGCGGAUCCUGGACACUUGUUCCAGGGACACUUAUGCGCUCGAACAGUCGCUCACUUUCGUCCAGGCGCUCAUCCAGAAGGACACCUCCGAAGUGCGCUGCACCAACGGCGAGCCUCCCGUUUUCGUCAAGCCGGAGAAAGUAGUUGGAGUGAUUGGGGCUUCGGGGAGUUCGGUCUCCAUCAUGGUAGCCAACAUCCUGAGGCUUUUCCAGAUCCCCCAGAUUAGUUACGCAUCAACAGCACCCGAGUUAAGUGAUGACCGUCGCUAUGACUUCUUCUCUCGUGUGGUCCCGCCCGAUUCCUUCCAAGCCCAGGCCAUGGUAGACAUCGUAAAGGCCCUGGGUUGGAAUUAUGUGUCUACUCUCGCGUCGGAAGGAAGUUAUGGAGAGAAAGGUGUGGAAUCCUUCACGCAGAUUUCCAAAGAGGCAGGUGGGCUCUGCAUUGCCCAGUCCGUGAGAAUCCCCCAAGAACGCAAAGACAGGACCAUUGACUUCGAUAGAAUUAUCAAACAGCUCCUGGACACACCCAACUCCAGGGCUGUCGUGAUUUUUGCCAACGAUGAGGAUAUCAAGCAGAUCCUUGCAGCAGCCAAAAGAGCUGACCAAGUAGGCCAUUUCCUUUGGGUGGGAUCAGACAGCUGGGGAUCCAAAAUAAACCCACUGCACCAGCAUGAAGAUAUUGCAGAAGGAGCCAUCACCAUUCAGCCCAAGCGAGCAACUGUGGAAGGGUUUGAUGCCUAUUUUACAUCCCGCACACUUGAAAACAACAGAAGAAACGUAUGGUUUGCCGAAUACUGGGAGGAAAACUUCAACUGCAAGUUGACAAUUAGUGGGUCAAAGAAAGAAGACACAGAUCGCAAAUGCACAGGACAGGAGAGAAUUGGAAAAGAUUCCAACUAUGAGCAGGAGGGUAAAGUUCAGUUUGUGAUUGACGCAGUGUACGCAAUGGCUCAUGCCCUUCAUCACAUGAACAAGGAUCUCUGUGCUGACUACCGGGGCGUCUGUCCAGAGAUGGAGCAAGCUGGGGGCAAGAAGUUGUUGAAGUAUAUCCGCAAUGUGAAUUUCAAUGGUAGUGCAGGCACCCCAGUCGUGUUUAACAAGAAUGGGGACGCCCCUGGGCGUUACGACAUCUUCCAGUACCAGACCACAAACACCACCAACCCUGGUUACCGCCUGAUCGGACAGUGGACAGAUGAACUGCAGCUCAAUAUAGAGGACAUGCAGUGGGGUAAAGGACUCCGGGAGAUCCCCCCGUCAGUGUGUACACUGCCAUGCAAGCCUGGGCAAAGAAAGAAGACACAGAAGGGAACUCCUUGCUGCUGGACCUGUGAGCCUUGUGAUGGCUACCAGUACCAGUUUGAUGAGAUGACAUGCCAGCAUUGCCCCUACGACCAGCGACCCAAUGAAAACCGAACCGGCUGCCAGGAGAUCCCCAUCAUCAAACUGGAGUGGCACUCCCCCUGGGCCGUCAUCCCUGUCUUCCUCGCCAUGUUGGGGAUCAUCGCCACUAUAUUUGUCAUGGCCACUUUCAUCCGCUACAAUGACACUCCCAUCGUCCGGGCAUCUGGGCGGGAACUGAGCUAUGUUCUGUUGACGGGCAUCUUUCUUUGCUACAUCAUCACUUUCCUGAUGAUAGCCAAACCUGAUGUGGCAGUGUGUUCUUUCCGGCGAGUUUUCUUGGGCUUGGGUAUGUGCAUCAGUUAUGCAGCCCUUUUGACAAAAACCAAUCGGAUUUAUCGCAUAUUCGAACAGGGCAAGAAAUCGGUGACAGCUCCCAGACUCAUAAGCCCAACGUCACAGCUGGCGAUCACUUCUAGUUUAAUAUCAGUUCAGCUUCUAGGUGUCUUCAUUUGGUUUGGUGUUGACCCACCCAACAUCAUCAUAGACUAUGAUGAACAUAAGACAAUGAACCCUGAGCAGGCCCGGGGAGUUCUCAAAUGUGACAUUACGGAUCUCCAGAUUAUCUGCUCCUUGGGAUAUAGCAUUCUUCUCAUGGUCACAUGUACUGUGUAUGCCAUCAAGACUCGGGGCGUCCCAGAGAACUUUAAUGAAGCCAAGCCCAUUGGAUUCACCAUGUACACGACGUGUAUAGUCUGGCUGGCCUUCAUUCCCAUUUUUUUUGGCACCGCUCAGUCGGCGGAAAAGCUCUACAUACAAACUACCACGCUUACAAUCUCCAUGAACCUAAGUGCAUCAGUGGCGCUGGGGAUGCUAUACAUGCCGAAAGUGUACAUCAUCAUUUUCCACCCUGAGCUCAAUGUCCAGAAACGCAAGCGAAGCUUCAAGGCCGUAGUCACAGCAGCCACCAUGUCAUCGCGGCUGUCACACAAGCCCAGUGACAGACCCAACGGGGAGGCCAAGACAGAACUCUGUGAAAACGUAGACCCAAGCAAGUAACCUCUGGAGACCCCAGCUUGCUCAAAAAGGAUUGAGGAAAUGACUCCAAAGCCUGCUCUUGCUGAGCUGACCCAAACACUUAGACGACGUGGCAGCAGUCAGCCAUCUCACCUUCUGUGAAAAGUCCAACCACAGCUGAGCAUCUGUACUGGCAUACAGUCAGGCGAC